AUGAGUGGCCUUGAUAGAGGUGCAAAUACGGCUACUACUACUACUACUUCUUCUUCCUCCACAACAUCGUCAUCAUCUUAUAGUAUAACCUAUUCAACUAAUGAAAUACCGAUAUUAACAUAUUCCAAUAAUAAUAACAACAACAGUCCUCAUAUUCAUCAAUCUUCAGAAGUUCAUGAAACUUCCCAUCAUUCUCAAUACGAAGAAAAUACAUUUAUUGAUUGGUCAAAGGAAUCAAUUAUAAUUUCAAGAAAUCCAUCUGUUUUUCUAACCAAUAAAUGGAUCAUUUUGAUUUUUUCUGCCAUUAUAUUGGGUUAUUUCACAUCAGCCAUUGAUUUGAUUCAAGUAUCACUAAAUGAUUUUAAAAAGGGGAUAUGUUUUAGUUCUAAAGAUUCUUGGACUUUAUUAAAUCCUUAUAUGACUUGCCCUGUCGAGGAUUGGUACAAUUGGGAUCAAAUAUUUUUCACCAUACGCAAUCCAAUUGUUAAAUUUAUAAUUAAUUUCCCAAUUUAUUUAAUUUUGGCCCUUGCGUUUGGUAUAAUAGCUGGAUAUUUAACGUAUAAUCGAGCAUAUAUGAUUCGUCAAUCGGGUAUACCAGAAAUUAAACUAAUUAUAUCUGGAUUUAAUUUGAAAAUUGAUCAAUAUUUGGGAUUUAAAACUUUACUUCUGAAAAGUAUUGCCUUAAUAUUUGUUGUUAGUUCCGGAUUAUGGUUAGGUAAAGAAGGCCCUUUGGUUCAUAUUUCAUGUUGUGUUUUCAAUAUCAUUUAUGAAAUCAUUUCUAAGUAUUAUAGUAAUCAAAAUGAAGCAAUUCGAAGAGAAUUAUUAACUGCUGCUACUGCGACCGGUAUAUCAGUGGCAUUCAAUUCCCCUAUUGGUGGAGUAUUAUUUGUUUUAGAAAGUAUGCCUAGUUAUUUCAUCCCCACAAGGAUCAUGUGGAAUUCAUUUGUUUCCGCCACAGUAGCUACAAUUAUCUUGACUGGAUUUAAAAUAUUUACUGAUGGAAGAAAUUUUAAUGAACAAGUUUUAUUUCAAGUCAAUUUUGGUAAUUUUAGUUGGUUAUUUGUUGAAAUCAUUCCAUUUAUAAUGCUAGGGAUAAUGGGUGGGGUUUAUGGUCAUUAUUUUAUUAAAUUUAAUGGGAAAUUUUCUAAUAUUAAAAUCAGAAGCUUGAUUCGACACCGAUUAUGUAAUUUAUUGAAAGUUGAUUAUAAAUAUGGCUCAAUUUUGGAAAUCUUAUUGAUUGUUUUAAUCACAACAAUUAUAAAUUUCCCAUUUGAAAUAUCAAAACUACCUUUAAAUGCAUUAUUGAAUUUAUUAUUUAAAAGCUGCACCAAAGAUAACGAUAACUCAAAUUUGUCAACAAGUAAAGAUUUCAUUUGUCAAGAUUCCAAUGGAGUAGCAUUAUUUAAGCUAUUAUAUAUUAUGAUAGAAGGAUUUUGGUUAACUUGUUAUACUUUUGGAUUGGAUUUACCUGGGGGGAUUUUAAUGCCAAGCUUAGUAAUGGGUGCCAUGACUGGUAGAUUUUUAGGAAUAAUCACUCAAGCUAUACAACUGAAAUUUAAUUGGGAAAGUUUGGCAACUUGUACUGCUGAUUCAUGUCUUGUGUCACCAAGUUCAUAUGCUGUCAUUGGUGCUGCAUCCUUCAUGACUGGAGUCACCAAAUUGACAAUGUCAGUGGUAGUAAUAAUGUUUGAAAUGACUGGUGCAGUGACAUAUGUAUUACCAAUUAUGGGUGGAGUAAUGACAUCGAAAUUUGUUAGUGAUUGGUUGACACCAAAUAAUAUUUAUGAUACUUGGCUCCAAAAUAAUUUCAACCAAUCGAGUGAUGGUGUAGAAGGUGUUACUACCAAUAACCACCUUAACAGCAAUUUUUAUGACAAUGGAAACCAAUUGAUUAAUCAAGGUAAGGGGACUGGAUUGAUUUCAUUUCAGAAUUUAACUAGUACAAUAAAAUCGAAAUUACCCAAUAUUAAUAUUGCUUCAUCAAUGAUCCCCUUAUUAGAUGUUAAAUGUUUGUGUUUAUUACCUGAUCAAGAACAGGAACAGUUUACCUUGAACUCGUUAAACUCAUUUAUUAAUAACGAUUGUCAUGAAGGUUAUCCAAUGAUUAUUAAUUAUAAUAACCCAAUUAUAGUAGGAUAUAUUCCUAAAUCACAAUUGUUAAAUCAAUUAUUUUUAUCAUUAUCAAAUCGAGAAAUUGAUUCAAAUUCACCAAUUUCAUUUCAAAUCAACCACGGUGUUGAUAUUCCUGAACGAGUUGAACAAUUAUUAUCGCAAAGAAAACAACCACAAGUUGUUCUGAUUAAUGUGCAUCCAAUACAAUCCACAUUGAUAAUUAAUGAAAAAACCCCAAUUUUAUUAAUUAUUGAAAUGUUUGAAAAAUUGCAUCUAAAUAGUUUGAUUAUUGUUAGUAAUCAAGACGAGACUUCAAUGACGGGAUUCAUCGAUCGAUUUAUAUUAAAUGAUUUAAUAAUUGAUAAAUUCGAAAAAUUAGUUGAUAAAUUGAAUGAUUAUCAAGUAAUUCAACAAUUUGAUAUAGAGGAAAAUGCUGGAAGAGUGGAGAUGACUGAAUUUGAUUAUGAUAAUGAUGAAGAUGAUGAUAUGACAAGAAUUGAUAGGAAAUCAAUUGAAUUGAUUACAUAG